AUGGCUGUACCUAAAGCUACGACGAUAAAAGAAGCCAUUAAGCGCUGGGAGGAGAAGACUGGUCAGCAUGCAGCAACAGCGACAGAAGUCUGUCUAGUAUUCCAAUGGCCACCCAUCGAGAAAAUGGACAAUACACUGGCGAGUCUUUCUUGUUGCGAGAAACUAAGUCUAUCGACGAAUAUGAUAGAAAAAGUAUCAUGCCUGAACACUCUGAAGAAGUUACGAGUACUUUCUUUGGGGCGAAACUACAUCAAAUCUUUUGCUGGAAUGGAAUGCCUGGGCGAUACCUUAGAAGAAUUGUGGCUUUCAUAUAAUUUAGUUGAGAAACUGAAGGGAAUCAAUGUACUGCGGAACUUGAAAGUUUUAUACAUGAGCAAUAACUUAGUUAAGGAGUGGAGCGAGUUUAACAAGUUACAAGAGCUGCCAAAUUUGGAGGAUCUUCUUUUCGUUGGCAAUCCAUUAUAUGACGCCUGUGAAUUAGAUACAUGGCGUUCAGAGGCUGCCCGUCGCCUGCCCAACUUGAAGAAACUUGACGGCGAGACUGUGUUGAGGGAGGAUGAUCCGCCGCUAACAGUUGCUGAUAUGCAGCCGGACGGUGGUGACGCGGUGGAGACUUUAGUCAGCGCAGAAACUAAUGAUUAG